UCGGACGAUAAGCGCCUAUGACAACGACCUCCGCUUGCAUUCGUCGAAUAUCUGUGUCACUGUAGACCCGACACCUACAUCAGUAUUUAAUGACACGUAUUCAUCCAUCAUGAGGUCUUUUUCUUGUUUUUUCAACUAUCUUUUUUCCUUUCUUCUGUUCAUUGCCAAUGCUGCUACAAUCGCCGUUGACCCAAAUUGCAAGGAUCGGCUUGACAACUGCCACCAUUACGGAGAGUCAGCCUGUGCGCCGCCAUUCGAAGCCUGGGCCAGACACAACUGUGCCAACUACUGCACCUUCUGUACAGGUCCGACGACGCCUCUGCCCGAGUGUCACGACAUCGCCGACGACUGCGACACGUAUCUGAGGUCAGCUUGUACAAACCCCGAAUACGCCACGUGGGCAAGAGAGCAGUGUCGGUACUUCUGUAGACUGUGUCCGUUGCAAGUACUUUCGGAAAUUGAUUCUUUAACUUCAACGCUGGCCCCCGAACAGUGCGUGGACAAGGUGAAGUGCUCCCUCUACGGAAACUCCACGUGUGAUGUAACAGGCCCGUAUCUCCACUGGGCCAGAGCCAACUGUCCAGCUCACUGCCAUUUCUGCACGCCGCCCCCAACCCCGCCGUCCCCUGCCACGACAUCGUCCCCAACUGCAACCACUACCACGACGACAUCUGCACCAACCCGAUCUACUCCCAGUGGGUCACGGACAACUGUCGACAGUUCUGCAAGCUUUGUUAAAAUAUGUGAACAUGUCUUCGGCAAUUGUUGAAAAAAAUAUUAGAAAAAACAUCAGUUGAGAAAUAAAACAGUUGUGUGUG